AUGGACCUCUUAAAUAGUCAACACAGCCUUGAUGAACCCACCAAUUUUUAUGAGAGUUUUUCACCAAGUAUUGAACUAAGUGAUGAAUCAGAGCGUAGAACAAGAAGGAAAUGGUCAUCGACAGAUGAUGUUGUGCUCGUCAGUGCGUGGCUAAACACGAACAAGGAUCCAAUAGAGAGAGCCUUUUGGAGACGCAUUGCAUCUUAUUGUGCAUCAAGCCCGAAGCUUGCUGGUCAGGAAAAGAGAGAGCCCAGUCAUUAUAGGCAGAGGUGGAGGAAGAUAAGUGAUUCAGUUUUCAAGUUUGUUGGAUGCUAUGAGGCUGCUGUUGCAACAACAACAACAACAACUACUAGUCAGAAAUCAUCAAGUGCCCCCCAGAAUGAGAAUAAUGAUGUUAUCAAGCUGGCACACGAAAUUUACUUGAAUGAUCACAAGGUCAAGUUCACCAUGGAGCAUGCUUGGAGAGAGCUUCGACAUGCUCCUAAAUGGUGUUCGUCUUCAUAUACUAAAACGACUGCAAUUGCAAAAAAGAGAAGAAAGUGUGAGGAGCGUUCUGCACUGUCUUCAAGCUCCCGCCCCCAACCACUACUAAGCCAUGGAGAGGAUCAAGAAGCACCAGGAGAAGACAAGUCUCUGUUGGAGUUUCAGAUGGAAGAGAAGCUUAGUAAGCAUAAAUUGCUUGACACUCUCCUUGCAAAAACACAGCCACUUAGUGAAUUAGAAUUGGCUUUAAAGAACAAGCUACUUAAUGACUUGUUGUCAAGCUAA